UCUCGAGCCUCUCCUCUUUCUUUCCUAGCGGUGCCUUGUGAAUGAUAGGUUCGAUUCUAGCAUUUUUUUCGUUAUUUUCAAGAGCAAUGGCUGAAGCACGUGAAAGAACCUUCAUUAUGGUCAAGCCUGACGGCGUUCAGAGAGGACUCGUAGGAAAAAUUAUCAAACGAUUCGAAUCUAAAGGAUUUAAAUUGGUAGCCUUGAAGUUCAUGUGGCCUAGUGAAGAAUUAUUGAAGAAACAUUAUGCCGAUUUGUCCGAAAGGCCCUUCUUCCCCUCCUUGGUUAAAUACAUGAGUAGCGGUCCUGUUGUUCCUAUGGUAUGGGAAGGUUUAAAUGUUGUAAAAACUGGAAGAGUACUUCUUGGUGCUACCAAUCCUGCAGAUAGUGCACCUGGAACAAUCCGAGGUGACUUGUGCAUCCAGACAGGAAGGAAUAUUAUCCAUGGAUCCGACGCCGUUGAAUCUGCUAAGAAAGAAAUUGAUUUAUGGUUCACCGAAAAAGAAGUGAUCAACUGGAAGCCAGCUGUUGAAAGUUGGGUAUAUGAAGAUUAAUUAAAUUUAAUCCAUUUUAAUUUAAUUUAUACUUAAAGGUUGUCCCAAUGAAAACCUUUUCAAUCAAA